CACUACUAUAAUUGACAGCAAGAUCCUAGUUAAGACACAACCAACAUUUGUUCCCCCUCUGUCUCACUCUCUCUCUCUCUCGGUCUCUGCUUUUCAUCUUCUUCCAUUUUUCUGCUGAUUAAAACAGAAUUUUUCAGGCCUAAAGAAAAUUGUGUUUAGAAAAAAAUGACAAGUGGGGGUGGCUAUGGUGAUGCAAGUCAAAAAAUAGACUAUGUUUUUAAGGUGGUAUUAAUAGGUGAUUCAGCAGUAGGCAAGUCUCAAAUACUGGCUCGUUUUGCGAGGAACGAGUUUAGUCUUGAUUCUAAGGCUACUAUUGGUGUUGAGUUUCAGACAAGGACUCUUGUUAUUCAACAUAAGUCUGUUAAAGCUCAGAUCUGGGACACUGCUGGUCAAGAACGAUAUAGAGCUGUCACGAGUGCGUACUACAGGGGAGCUGUGGGAGCUCUGCUGGUUUACGACAUAACAAAACGUCAAACAUUUGAUCACAUUCCACGCUGGCUUGAAGAGUUACGUGCACAUGCUGAUAAGAACAUCGUGAUUAUGCUGAUCGGAAAUAAAACCGAUCUUGAAGAUCAACGAGCUGUUCCAACCGAGGACGCUAAAGAAUUUGCUCAGAAAGAAGGAUUAUUCUUCUUAGAGACUUCUGCAAUGGAAGCCACAAAUGUCGAGGACGCUUUCUUUACUGUUUUGACAGAGAUCUUCAACAUUGUGAACAAGAAGAAUCUUGCUGCAGGUGAUGAUCAAGCAAAUGGUAAUUCUGCAUCUUUAACUGGAAAGAAAAUUCUUGUACCUGGUCCUGCACAAGUUAUCCCAGAAAAGAAAGCAUGUUGUAGAUCUUGAGAUAUUGGGUUUGGUGUUUCUAUUUCAUUCUUUUGGUUGUCAAUUUCUUGGGUUUGUUAGUUGAGUCUUUUUGGUUGUAUAUUUAUAUUGUUAUUUUUUGCACUGUUAAUGAAAGGAAAUGGUUAUUGUGAGUUAA